GUACCUUACCCCGCGGGGACUAGGGACCCGUGGGAAGCCUGCUAGGAACCGUCAGGCCCUAAGGGCCCCCGAGAGCCAAAGAAGAUUGGAAUUGUUUGCGCGCAGCGGGGUGAAGGCCACCCCAACUGGGAACUUGGGUGGGGGAAGGAGGAAUAAUGUCGGGGCGGCCGCGGGGGCGGCAGGUCCCCGGAGACCCCGGGCCAACUCCCCGGCCCAGCCCCGCAGGCCUCUGGCGCAGUAGCUCCCCAUCCUAGCCCGCUAGUCCCGUGCAAGUGACAAAGGAGAAACCCGCAAGGAAGGGGAAAACCCCGGGAAUGCAGGAGCCCGGCUUUCCGGCCGCGGCCCCUUUAAGAGCAGAACCUCCCGGAGCUACCCGUCCCAACCGACCCCAACUUAACCGAAACCCAACCCGGACUUCCCCGUUACCGCUCAAAUAUUGCCAACUUUGGAUUUUCCCUCCCCCGCUAACCAAUCGAAUCUCUGUUACUAGGCAGACUUGAGCUGCUGCCGAAGCAAGAGAGGCGCUGCAUCUCCGGGAGGCGGCAAGGACCAAUAGCAGACGGGGCCGGCUGGUGUAUCCGGGCAGAUUGGGGCGGAACCAACCAAUCAAAAAAAAAAAAAAAAAAAAGGGCCAAGCUACGAGUGGAGCCGGGACCGUGAAGCCGACCUAGAGUCGAGGUGGCUCGGAGUGACUGGAGGGCGCCAAGAGUAGGGAAGGUGUCCCGGAUUUCAAUCGGCCCCAAAUUCUGAUGCCAAGAUGGCAGAAGAUGAACCUGAUGCCAAGAGCCCCAAGACCGGUGGCGCAGCCCCUGGGAGUGGGGAUGCCGGCGAGCCCACCACUCUCCUGCAGAAGCUCCGAGGGUCCAUCUCCAAGGCCGUGCAGAGCAAAGUAGAGGGGAUUCUGCAAGAUGUGCAGAGAUUCUCAGACAACGACAAGCUGUAUCUUUACCUUCAGCUCCCCUCGGGCCCCAGUGGUGGAGAUAAAAGCAGCCUGGAGCCGAGUGCACUCAGCCACGAUGAGUACAUGUAUGCCUACAGAUGGAUUCGAAACCACCUGGAGGAGCACACAGCCACGUGUUUGCCAAAGCAGGAUGUUUAUGAUGCUUAUAGAAGGUACUGUGAGAGCUUAGCCUGCUGCCGCCCGCUCAGCACAGCCAACUUUGGCAAAAUCAUCCGGGAAAUCUUCCCUGACAUCAAGGCCCGGAGGCUGGGAGGCCGGGGCCAAUCCAAAUACUGCUACAGUGGUAUCCGAAGAAAGACCCUGGUCUCUAUGCCACCCUUGCCUGGACUUGACCUCAAGGGCUCAGAGAGUCCAGAGGUGGGCCCAGAAGUAGGCCCAGGUCCCCGGGACGAACUAGUGGAAGCAGCCUGUGCCCUGACCUGUGAUUGGGCGGAGCGCAUCUUGAAGCGCUCCUUCAGCUCCAUCGUCGAGGUGGCCCGGUUCCUGCUGCAGCAGCAUCUCAUCUCUGCCCGAUCUGCUCAUGCACAUCUGCUCAUGGCCAUGGUGCUCGCUGAUGAACCUGAUCGGCCUCCACGGGAUCCCUCCUCUGCCACCAGGAAUGGUCUGGAGAACCCAGAUGGAAGAGCCUCCAAAGGGCAGCCCCAGCCUCCCAAGGACCUGGAGGCCCGAACUGGGUCUGCCCCCCCAGUUCGGGGGGAGCGCAAGAAAACUGCAGAAGCCUCAGCCCCGGUGACCAGUAGCCCCCAAGUGAAUGCUCUGGUUGCCCGACUACCUGUACUCCUCCCCCGGGUGCCCCAGCCCCAACUUCCUCGGCCACUCCGAGUCUCCCCACCAGUCCUAGCCCCCAAACUUCCUUCAGGUACCUUAAAAGUCACUACACUGCCUUUGCCCAGCGGGACCGGGGUAUCCCGGGGAACUCUGCCCAUCAUCAACAUGAUCUUGCCCACUGUAUCUGCUGUGCCUAUACCUGGGAGAGCUCCACAGGAAAGUCCCACCCCAACCCAGGGCCUUGAGAAAAACAGAGAGGCGGGCCCCGGGCUGGGCAAGGGUGUGAAGAGGACAGCCGAAGUGCCUAUGAGUGAGCCCAGAGGACAGGAGCUAACUGCCAAAGCACUGAACCAGGAUCCAGAAGAAAUCGAUGCCAAGCGUAAAAGAGGGCGUCCUCGAAAGAAAUCAAACAGCGAGGGGGAGCAGAGCUCCUCCUCCGAGAGACCACUGCCCGCUGAAGACUCGGCCCAUUCCCCCAGGGUACCGCAGGACUCUUGGGGUUUUGGAGGGGAGAGUGACCUGGCUAGAGGGUCAGUGGGAAAGGAGGAGGAGAGAAAAGUGCCUUCUCUUGGCCAGGAAGAUAGCACUGAUUUCAAGGGAGGAAGGGAACCUAGUGUCCAAUAUGCCAAAGAAAUAGGUGACAGAAGUCUGGUCACUUCUAAAGUGAGUGUGAUCAGGGGCAACAGAAGCUGGGAGGAGGGCCUCCAGUCCAUGGGUAAAGAGGCAGCAGAACCCAUAGGGCAAGGUAAUCAAGACCCAAAAGGGACAGGGUCUCAAGGCUCCCUGUUCUUUGGACAUAAAGAUCCCAAAGCUACACCCCCUUAGUAGGUACAUGGUAGGAGAGGGGGAAGAUUUUGAAUAUCCCACAUGCACCUAAUAAGGAUCCCUUCUCUGAUCCUGCUUGUUCUUGGCCAUGCCCUUCCCAAGGGAGACCUGUCUUAAGUCUCCUUCCCCUUACGGACUUUGAUGUUCCCCAGUCUCCUGUCCCUCCCUUUGCCUUUCCCAGCCUAGUAUCCUUGAAUUCAAUACUACCUAUCAAUAAACCUGCCAUGCCCCCUCUUUA